AUGACUGAUCUCACUCCUACAUUUAAGAAAUAUGUCGAUAUUGUCCAGCAUGAAAUAGGGCAUUCGAUUGAAAAAGACCAGAACCAAAACAAGACUCGUCAAUUGCAGCACCAAAAACGAGUUCAUGAAAGAUUUACUAUUAAUGACACUUUCAUAAAAGAGACCAAAGAGCUCUAUUCACAUCUAGUCGUUUUAAGUGAGUUUUUGGUAAGCAUAAAGUCUACAUAUUUGUCUACUAAUGAUGAUUAUUCGAACCAUCUGAGGUCGAACAGAUCUUUAACGUUAAAUGAUAAGAACAAAGUUGAUGAAGAUUUCAAGUUUAAAAUUCAUGAAUUGUAUGAAAAGUUAAAACUUUUACAAACGUAUGAAAAAAAAAGACAGGAAGCAGUUGAGUCGAAUAAAUCAAAGAGUUUAUUCAACGGAAUCUUUGGUGGUGCCGAUUUUGAUGAUGACGAGUUGUUUCUUACAACAAUUGGGAUACAUAGAACCCUGAUUUUAAAACUUUUGAAUGAAGUAGCCAACUCGGUUAACAAAAAAUUUGAGUCAAUGCAACGCAAACGUUAUGAAAGAGAAAAACAAUUAAAUCUUCUUAACUUUCAAAAUCUUGAGGAUGAUCUAGACUUGAACUAUAGCAAUGAUGUACCCCCAAGUUUUGAGAAUUCAUAUAAUGAGAUUGAACUCCAAGAACAAAAUUCAUCAUUUUCGGGGCUACAAGAGUUAUCCCAACAACAAAUUCAAGAAUUGGACUCUGAGAAUCAGGAAUUUCUAGCAUUGAAAACUAACCAACUCAAACAAGUUGAGAAACUCCAUAAUUCUAUGAUCGAUAUAGUCAGUUUACAGGCAGAAUUGACUUACCAGCUAGAAACACAAUCUGAUCAAAUAACCAAUCUUCUCGAUAAUCAAUCCCAGGUAGAGGUUGAUUUAAAGAUGGGUAAUCAGAAUUUAAAUAAAGCCACUACGAGAAAUAAAAAAGGUGCAAACCUAAUCAUUCUCACUUGCUUUAUUUUGGGUUUCCUCCUUUUAUUCGUUGACUACAUCUCAUUCUAA